UCAUUCUUUCUCACAGAAUCGUUGCGUACGGACGUCGCCGCGCGUCGCGUAGAUAUUUUUAAUUAUUUUCUCAGCUUCUGGUAGGUGGUGCGCGCAGCAAAUAAGAAAGAAAUUUGUGUAUUGCAGCAGAAGUUUUCAGUGCGCACAGGCUGUGCCGCGCUGCUCACAAGUCUCCGCAGAGUAAAGAUUUAAAACUAAUGUGUAACAGAGAAAGGUGCUGAGGAAAUCAAAUACGAGUGAACAAUGUAAAAUACAUUUAAGUUCAAGGUUUACCGUUGAACCGAAGCUCAAACGCAACUAAAUUUAAAACGCUGUGCAGAUUUUUGUAUACACUCUACCGCGUAUGUGUGUGCGUGUGUGUGUGAGAGCGAGUGUUAGUAAAUGUAACUGCUGCAUUUUGCUUUAUCAAUGGGCCAGUGCUAUUAUUGAAUUAAUAAAUGUACACACAAUAUGAAAAUAUAUAACAUUGUCUCAAUCUAUCUGUGGAAAAAUAUCUAAACCCAAUUACUCAGUUUGCUCUCAGUUUAAUUCGAUUGACACAGAGGCAGGCGGUAGAGCGCGAGCGCAAGCAGCAGCAGCAGCAGCAGUAGCAGCGGCGACAGCAGCAGCCCCAACAGAAUAUAAGGCGACAGACUUAACUUGCCCACUCUUUGUUCGUUGGUGGUGGGAGAGACGCACAUUCAAUACAGCAACAGCAAUAGCAGCAGCAAAAGCAACAACAACAAGGAGAGCCAAAUCUACUCUCAGCUCCGCUUUUGCGCAGAGAAGCGCUGCGAAUUCGCCGUGUCUGUGAGCGCUGCUCAGUUGCAGCUCGGUCGACGCUAUUUGGAAACACCUUGCUCCAAUAUUUUUGCCUGGCUUAUGCUCUGCCCUGCGUUGCGCUGCUCUGUAGCUAGCGUUCGCACGACUCAAUCGGUGUUGCCGUUGCCGUCGCAGUCGCUGUCUCAGUAUCGUUUCGUGCGAUUCUUUGGACUGCAGCAGCAUAAAAUUCGUCGGGAAAACUCGCUGCCACAAAGAAAAAGGCAACAAUUUUUGUUGUUGUAAUUUUCCAAUGCUGCUUGGCUGUGCUUUGCACGCGAUUCCCUACAAUUUGGUUGCGGCCAGUGCUGCAGCUGCUGCAGCAACAACAAUAACAACUAUACGCAGAACGGCAGCAGCUUCAACAUUGUCGCCGUGUCGUCAGCAGCGCCGCAGCAUCGCCAGCCCCUCGGACUCGCCAUGUACAACAAAAAGAAGAACAACAACAGGAACAGCGACGCCAGCAUAGAACAGAAUACGCAGCAGCAGCCACAGCAAGAGGAGGGGACGCCGCAGCAGCAAAUGCAGCUGGCAGUAACCGCAGUCAGGACGAGGGCGAGCACGAACAGGAGCAGGACCUUAGCCACGUCCAAGGCGAGAGCUAGAGCCACGUCGUUAAUCUAUUUACCGCCUUUCUGUCAGCCAUGUGGACACGUGCCUGCGGCAACAGCAGCAGCGGCGGCAUCGGCAUCGGUAUCGUCCACCAGCUGUUCCUCAACUACGACUUCUCGGUGCUGUUGUUGUUGUUGCAGUAGCAGUAGGGAACAUAAAAAUGAUGAUAAACAUGCCACAGUGCCGACGGUGACAACAGCAGGAGCAGGAGCAGCUAUACUGUGCCCUGCCUCAGUCGCAGUCGCAGUGGCAGUUUCAGCCUCAUCCUCGCCAGCAACUCCUUUGGAGCUGGCGCACAAAUUCCUGCAGCGUGAUAUUCAGUUUAGCGUGGCGCCUAGCUGCAACGCUCUCAGACGCUCGACGCAAUUAGUUAUGCCGAUUGUUGUAGGUGGCAGCAACAGCAACAGCCAUGGUAGCGUCUCGGAAUGUUUGCGACGCCAGCGCCAGCGACGUGAGCGUAUGCGAAUCGAGCGACAAAGUCAGGGGGCAACGCAGCUGGACACAAUAAAACCAAUCAGCAGUGCAACAGCAACUAGAACUACAACAGCAGCCACAGCAACAACAACAACAAAUAGUUCGCAAACAACGACAACGACAAAAAUUGACGAAGAGAAGUUGAAUGAGCAGCUUGUUGAGGAUGAAGAUGAAGAUGAAGACGAUGAUGAGGAUGAUAAAUGUAGGUGCUAUAACUAUAAUGGUGAUAUUAGUGCGCUGGAACGUCUAGAGCAAGAGAAGGAGCGGGAAGCGGGAAGGCAGCAACAGCAACCGCAGGAGGAGAUGGAACGACAGCAGCAGCAGCAACAGACGCUGCCUGAGUGGUAUCAACUUCCUAGCAUUACGUGGCUAAAAUUCUGGCAGCAGCAACUGUGCAACAGCAACAGCAGCAGCAGAAAUGGCAGUAGCGACGCCAGCAACUUCGCCAAUGCGACAACGCUAACAACGAAUAUAACGACAACAACGGCAGCAGUAGCAACAACAACAACAACAGCGGCAACAGCGGCAACAGCAACAACAAUUGACAGGAGUCGGGGCAGAAGCUGCGGCAGCAACAGCAUGACGUCGACAAAAAGUUGGCUGAGAGCACUGUGGCUGACGCUGCUGCUGGCCACGUCCGUUAGCGGCUGGGGAGGACGUCAAGAUGCGCCUACAAACUGCACGUUUCCUGCCCGAUGGGAGGGCUCCUGGUUUUUAUCUGGCUACCAGCAAUCCAUACACAUCAAGGGCUCACAGUUCAGCUACCGGGGCAGGUGCGCCGCCUCGGAUGGUAACAAAUAUUUGAUUGUGGAUGAGAAAGGAUGUCAUCGUUGCCUGGUUAUCUAUGAGAAGCAUAAGAAUGUGCUGCAGUAUAAAGAAAGUGAGUGCGAAGGUGAUAGUAUGUAUAUGCAUCAGUCGAACAAUCCAUCUGCACUGGCGAUGCGUAGCUCUAUAAAACAAAGUGAUCAUAGGGGGGGAGCUCAUCCCAAUACGAACGGGCAUUCAAGACUAUCAUCAUCGGAUCAGUACAUAAUGAGAUCCAAUGACGAUAUGAAUGAUUGUCCCCCAGACCAUUGCAAGGGCCGUGAGACUUUACAGAAUCUCUGCGAUCAAAUCCCGGGCGAUGCUCUGCUCUAUUCGCUGUUCCGUGAGAGCGCUGAACCGGUCAAGUGCCCACUAAAGGGUCCCUUUAUAUUCACUUAUAAUCGCGGCCAUGGGGAGUGCAAAUCCCCCGUGUCGAACAUUGAGAGCUGCACCGAGGAGAGUCGCCUGCUAUUAAGUUUUCAGGCCUGUCCCGAUGUCCAAGGCACAGAGAGUACGGUUGAGGAACUAACGUGUCUGGCCACAUGGAAGGACGGGAACUCACGGUAUCUGGUGGGUCUUGUCUCACAUCAUCAUGCCAUUUCGAAUGAGGAGCGUUAUCGUUGCUUUGUUUACGAGAAAAUCUCCUCGCUGAUGGGUGGCCCAAGCAUGCUCAGCUCGAAGGAUGCCGAGUAUAAGCUGGCACAAUCCGGCGACGCCACUUGCAAUGGCUUAGACAGCGCCGAGGUUGGCUCGCGAAUAAUGUCGCUGCGAAAACCGCCGGCGGCGGAGCGCUGCGAUUUUCCCGCCUGGUUCAAGGGUCCGCGACACUGGCAUGCACUUAUGGGGAAUGCUGUCUACAAUUAUCAUUCCAACGAUGGCUCUGUGCACAUUAUUAAGCCCAACGGCUACAUGGAGACACGUGCCCUCUGCGAGCAGAUAAACAAACAGACCUCGACCGAAAUGAUGGCUGUGGUGCACUAUACCACUGGCUGCCAAUCGGGCUUUAUGUGCAUGAUGUUCUACCGUCGGGAUACGCACGUCAUUGAGAUACAAACAGGCAAGCCGGCCAUUCGACUAGAGGAUGCCUGUGCUCCGGAUCACUUUGACUUCAAUAAGAUGGCCUACAUAACGCUGCUGGCUAGCAAUCCAGAGCCGCAUAUUUGCCCCAUGGAGGGCCUGUACAAUCUGCGUGGGGCAAUCGGACCACCGUACCUGGUCACACGCCACAAGCGUAAUCACAAUGGCAAAUCGCAUCUUGGACAUGGUCAUCAUCAUCAUCAGAACGAUGGUCUGGAGACUGGCUCUUUUGGCCACAAGGGGCACAGCACACUCAGCUUCCGCAAUGCCGAGCGCAUGGAGCGUGGCUCCUGGCAUGCUAACACACGGGGCCUGCCCGCGCGCAGUCGCCGCAAUGCUGCAGAGCCGAGGCCAGACCAUCAGCAGGAGUCAUCAAAUCGGUUGCAGCAGGUUUUAGUGCUGAACAGCUCCAAUGAUACUAGUGUAGGUUUCAUAGCAACGCGCAGUCGACGUGAUGUGCCCGGCUGUGUGACCAACUACAAUGCACAGCGACAGCUUUGGGUGGGCUGCACGGCACCCAAUGUCAUCGAUGUGAGUCCACUGUGCAGCCUGGAUGGCGAGGAGGAGUACUCUUGUCAUGGUUCUUGGAGCGAGAACAGCACCGUCUACAUCAUCGCCAGGCACAAGGGCACAAAACAUGGCGUCUGCAUCAGCUACAGGCCCUCGGAUGGCAAUGCAGCUAAGCUGGUCGUGGGAGAUGCCUGUUACCGAGGCACUCAAAAGCCUCCCGAUCAUCAUUUAGUGGCCAACCUAUCCUUCUUUGGCAAAUGCGGUGAAACGGGGUCCAGCGCCAGCUCCUCAGCUCACUUGACCAUCUGGCUGUUGCUGUUAGUCAUGUUGACGUGGCCAACGUUACUGGAAUUGCACAACUUCAGCAAUUUGGUAGAUGGGUUAAGCCAAGGAUCUGCUCACUAACCCAAACAAUUCCCAUUCUGACGAAACAUGUAUACAAGACACAUAUUUAAGACUAAUUGUACAUUGCAUAUUGUAUAUGUAAGGCCUACGCGAUCGUAAACAAUUUGAAAUAUCUUUUGCUGUAUAUAAGUUAGUUGUUUUUUAUUAUUAUUAAUUGAAUUGAAACUAUCUUGUUUUGUUUAGUUGUAAGUGCUUUAUAUUCAAAUCUAUAUAUAUAUAUAUAUUCAUACAUAUAUACCAAAAUUACUAUUAAAUGGUUUGCAAGAAAGCCUUAGAGCAAGCGCUGUUUAGGCCUAGUAAAACGCGCCUGAAUGCUAAAAUCUAAAUAAAUAUAAAAACACAUGCAAAAAAAACAAUUGCUAUUUAUUUGAAAAAGCAAAUUAACUUUAAUGCAAAAAAACCUACAUAUACGAAAAGAAGCUAAAAGCUUAAAGUCUGUAUGCUAAAUAGUGUUCUCUGCAUUUAUUUUUCUAUAUCAUUUCGAAAAAUAAAAACGUUUCCUAUGACUAAAGUACACAAUAUAUACAUAUACACACACAUACACCUAAAAGCUAAGUGAACAAGAAAGUAAACGCAAUUUUCUAGCAACUACGUAUAUGUAUGUAAAAGUUUAAAUUAGUUUUCAAAUUGUACAAAAUAAAAAAAAUUAAAAAAAAAUGAAA